GAUCUGACAAGCGGCGGAAGCUCCUCCGCGGCUCGUUUUCCCCCUCGCCUCUCCUCGCCUCCCCGGGGUUUCCACGGCGGAUGCCAGCCGGUAUCUCACCAUCGGAGCGCACGCAAGAAGAAGAAGAAGAAGAAGAAGAAGAAAAAAAAAGAAAACCAAAAAGUUCACCUCCAGCCGCGCGAGUGUGUGUGCGUGGAUCCACUCAUGCGUGCACGCUCCGUCUGCACGUCUAAUGGACUGACCCCCCGGCACGCCGUUUUUUAAAGGGAAGACAAGAGAGCUGAGUCAACGAGUCGCGCGCAGGAGGAUGCAACAGUUGUUGAUGUGCGGACUUUUCUCCCGUCUGGAGACGGCCUGCGCGCGUGGAGGAUGGUGGCUGUGACCCGCGAGGACGGCGGAUCGGAUGUUUUGUUGCUUUAAAAAGUCAUCCCGUCAGAUAGAGAAUCGAGCGGCGGUGGGUGUAAAGUCUCGGAGCGUGCACUUCUCCCGGACCGUGCGCAAUGCGUCUGGAGGCACUUCGCGCUGCGCCGGAAUGGAGUUGAAGUGUGGCUCUUGGACGGUCCGCCGCGGCGGUGAGUAGAAGCAGUGCAGCCCCCGCGCACACAAUAAUAUGCAUCGGAUUCUGCAGAGGCGGCGAGUGCGCAAGCUGCGGGUCGUCUGGGUCUCUCUGGCGCUGCUGGCUCUGUCCCUGGCCGCAUGCAGCGCGCUGUUCACGGCGUGGACUUGGCGUCAGACGCGGGACCUGUCUCAGUCCUUCAAGAUCCUGCAGGACCGACUCGAGCAGGUCAACACGCAGAGGAAGGCCAUCGUCCAGCUGAUUCUGGAGAAGAGGGAGCUGCUGGUGGGACAGCGGGUGAAAAGAGACGGGGGGACGCUGCGAGGGAGGAACGGGAGUGGAAAGAAAGCGGCGUCUCAUUUUGAGAUAACCAAAGUCUCCUCUCAGCAAGUUGGAGAAGGUGGCGUGAUCAAGGGCUGGGAGGAGAGGACGCUCAACAUGACAAAAGCAGUGAGGUACAACAGGGAGCAGGGCACCUUCACCGUGGAGAAGACGGGGGUCUACUUCCUCUUCUGCCAGGUGCUGUUCAACGAGCAGCAGUCGCAGUACGUGAAGCUGGACGUGGUGAGCGGCGGCCAGCGGCCCCAGAAGCUGCAGUGCAUGGAGGGCUACGGCACCACGCCGUCCGCCGGGCCGCACCCCUUCCACUUCCUGAAGCCGUGCCAGGUGUCGGGCCUGCUGCGGCUGGACCGCGGCACCGAGCUGCAGGCCGUCACCGGCUCGGCCUUCAGGCUCCACGCCGUGGGCAGCGCCUCGGCCUCGCCGCACGUCUUCAGCAUCUUCCGAGUCAACUGAGGCUCGGCGCUCGGCUCAUCUGGCCUGGAAACUCUCUCUCUCUCUCUCUCUCUCUCUGUCUUUUUUACUUUUACGAGCGCACAAACUCAUCGGAAUUGACUUGUUUUUGUCCAGAUGAGGCUCGUUCUCUCUCCCUCUCCCUCUCUCUCUGCCUCUCUCUCUCUCUCUCUUUUUGAAACAGUCACAAGCAGUUGAGGUAUCGCAUAAUGCUGCGACUUCCUGCCAUAGACGUUAAUUUGAAGGACAAACCUGACAUUUGUGGAAGCUGUUGUGGAAUUUCUUUCCCUUGGAACGCCGUUUUUUUUUUUUUUUUUUUUGGAUUAAGACCAAGACCCGCAGCGAACGCUGGAUGAAUGUGAGCCGGGAAAACAGAUGUGAUGGAAGCUGCUCUGUAGAUAAAGAGCGUCAUAUAAAAAAAAAAAAAAAAAAAAAAAGAAGAGAGAAUUCCUUGGAUGUUCAUCUUAGUCUCCGUAUCAUGUAAUAAAUUGUGCUUAAACUCACUUUUUUAAGGACUGACUGUAAAAGCUGUGCAUGCACUUCCACUCCCACAGCUCUGUGAGCGUCUAUAAAAAGCCUUCACCGAUUGAUAUCAACGUUUUAUAUAAUGCAGUAUUUGUUUUUUUUUUGCGUAUGAAAUCUAAUGAAUCAAACUUUUUUUAAAAAGGAAAAAAAAAACUGAUUUAUGAUCGUUACAAUGCAAUUUGUAUGUACUAGUGUGAAAUACUGCAAGCCUUUUGUAUAUAUGUCACACACACAUUUCACACACGUGCAACGAGACAGGAGCUGGCAGAAGUGUGUUUAUGCGACCCGGAUGUGAAUUUGUUCUCUUUUCUAAAAUGAAAUGACUGUAUAGUUUUGAAAAGCAGGAGCGAGAAGUGGCAAGAAAAGCAGCUUCAAGCGUGUCUUUGUCUUCUCUUGCUUAUUUCUCUCAUCUGGUUGGUGUCUAUAGCCAUCAUCUCCACGCUGUUUGUAAAUGAUCUGCUGAUUUUCAGUCAGUUAAAGGAGAACUGGGUGAGGGGUGAACACUCCGGUUGUUGUUUUGCUCCAGAUGAGAAACAUUUUUGGUAUUCAUGAAAUGAGAAAUUUUCGUAAAUGUGCUAUUCAAGAACAAAAAAGUGGAAAAGUUGAACGGUUUCUAACAGUUUCUGUAUGAUUCCUCCAGGAAUUUCAAUCAAUUUAUCGUCCUGCUCACUUUACAUGUAUGAUUCUCAAAAGAUUCGACCAAAAUUCACAUUAAUUUAUGAUUCUUUUCACAUUUUGGGGGGGGGGGAUCCAUUUGAAAAGAAUGUUGCCUCUUUGGUAAAGUCUUUUAAUAUAGCAGUUUUGAGUCAUGCAGGAUUCAGUCUUCGUAAUUUGACACCAGCCUCAGUCUUCCAGCUGCAAAAAAAAACCAAACUGAUAUGUGAAAAAUUGUAUUGUUUUGUGGUUAAAGUGAUGGAAUACUGAAACCGUUGAACAUUAGGUACGCUUAGUUUUUUUAAAAAUCAAGAAGUCAAGGUGCUACGUUCAUUAAAUCAUCACUGCUGAUACACUUCUCCUCGUGCAAAAAUCCUCUGGAUUUGUCUCUGGCCUUAAAUCCUGACGAUAUUAUUCUAUUUAUACUGUCGCGGUGCGUGCGCUGGGCUCGUUCCAGCCCCCUUUUUUGCUGCGGCUCCUCGGUGUUUUACCGUCGUUUCGCCGCUCGGCUGGAUUCACGAUAGCAGGAGAUUAAGUGUUUGUCCUCGCUGUAAAUCAUACGUGUGACUCCAAAGCAGAAGGCUGCAGAAGUGUGGAAAAGAUCCAAAAUCCACUUCAAAUGGAGCAGUUCCAGGCUAUACACACACACACACACACACACACACACACACACACACAUUAUUCUCGAUAACCUCAGAAAAUAACCAGAAAGUUCUUAUUUGGACCGAAACUAGUGGGGAAAUUGCACAAAUAAAGCUUUAAUUGAAGAAAUCUGUACGUCCACUUGAGAUAUUCAGCUUUAAUCUUUAUUCACAUCUUUAAUUUUAUGUCUUCUUGUUUUUUUUUUUUUUUCUUUUAAGAGAUGAAAUUCCUUCCAUUCUGUCACAUGCUGCUGCUUUCUGUAAUAUUCCCUGCAACAAUACAAACAGUGUGUAUUUCUAGCAGUGGGUUUCUGCACUCCCACUCUUGUUUAUAAGUAGUUUUUGUGGAUGGACCACAUUGGUUUCCCCUCAGCACUUUACUGCGGAGAUGGUAGUGUUUUUUAAUUGGAGCCAAACCUUCAUGUUUUGAAAUGGA